UUACUUCAAUUAGUAUAUACCUCCAUCUCUCUCCUUCUAUCUCUCUCUCUCUAUAUAUAUCUAUAUACACAAACACACACUUACAACACCAACAAAAACUGAUACACACAUCUCUCUUCACCUUCACCUUCCUCUGUUCCUGUUCUUCCAAAAUCACAAAUAAUAAUCACACAAUCAAUUCACUUGUUUGUCCUCUAUAACUAUCCAGGUGCAUAUCAGGUGUUCGACCAUUUGCCUCAGUGAACCCAAAUUCAACAAUUCAAAAUGCCUGAACUUGUGAUCGAGCAUCCGACCUCAAAUCCCAACAGUGGUAACAUACCCAACGGGAACUACCUGCCCCACAAGGACCUUUUCGGCUACUCGUCGCCGAGAAGCCCGUUAAGCACACACAGCCCCGAGAGCGAUUCGAUGGACUUAGGCGUAGACAGUCCGGGCGCCCUCGAUACAUCCAUCGAGCAGCUGUAUCACAACGUGUGCGAGAUGCAAAGCUCGGACCAAUCGCCCUCGAGGUUCAGUUACUUGUCAUAUGGCCACGAAUCACGUAUAGACUCCGAGCUGCGGUUUUUAGCCGGUGGUGACUUCAUGAAACCAGCGAGUGAUGUUACGAAAGAGCCCGGUGUUGAAACGGAUGAGAAGGAACCGAAUGAAGCGUCUAAUGACACGAAUUCGGUUGUUGUGAAACCGAAUGAGUCUUCGGGCCCAAAAGCCCGAACGAUCAGCCCGAAAACUAGACCGCCAUCGGGCAAGAAAACGACAUCGAAAACUAACAAGAAACACGAAAAGAAUCCGGUCACUGAGGAUGCGGGAUACCUGGCGACUUAUUUACUAAAGCAGGCUCGGGACUUGUUGUCUACAGGUGAAAACCCGAAAAAGGCUUUCGAGUUGGCUCAACGAGCGUUGAAAUCUUUCGAAAUGAGCCAAUCGGAGAAGCCGAAUUUGGAAUUCGUCAUGUGUUUGCACAUUGUCGCGGCGUUGAAUUGUAGUUUGGGGCGAUAUACGGACGCGAUUCCUCUUUUGGAACGGUCGAUCGAGAUCCCGAAUAUGGACGAGGGGCAAAAACACUCGCUCGCGAAGUUCGCGGGAUGUAUGCAGUUGGGUGACGCGUACGCGAUGCUCGGGAAUAUCGAGAACUCGACUCUUUGUUACACCGCGGGGUUGGAAAUCCAACGACAAGUUUUGGGGGAAACCGAUGCUCGGUUUGGGGAAACGUGUAGGUAUGUCGCCGAGGCUCAUGUGCAAGCAAUGCGAUUCGAUGAGGCGAAAAGGUUGUGUCAAAUGGCUCUCGAUAUUCACAAAAGCGGUUCACCGGCUUCGUUGGAAGAAGCUGCGGACCGCAGGCUUAUGGGUCUGAUUUGUGACUCAAUGGGAGAUUACGAAACUGCCCUCGAGCAUUAUGUGUUGGCAAGCAUGGCUAUGUCUGCGGGUGGGCACGAUGCCGAUGUUGCGGCGAUUGACGUGUGUAUCGGUGACGCUUAUUUGGCUUUAGCUCGUUAUGACGAGGCGAUUUUCUCGUAUCAAAAGGCGCUUAACUUGUUUAAGUCGACAAAAGGCGAAAACCAUCCAUCGUCUGCUUCGGUUUUUGUCAGAUUGGCUGAUGUUAACAACAAGAUCGGGAAGUUUCGGGAAUCAAAAUCGUAUUGUGAAAAUGCGUUACGGAUAUACGUGAAACCGGUUCCGGGCUUCCCGAAAGAAGAAAUCGCUAGCGGGUUGAUUGAAGUUUCGGCUAUUUACGAGUCCAUGAAGGAACUUGAUCAAGCACUUAACUUGCUAAAAAAGGCACUAAAAGUAUACGGGAAGGCACCGGGUCAAUCAAGCACGGUGGCUGGAAUCGAGGCACAAAUAGGCGUUUUGUACUACAUGAUGGGGCGUUAUUCCGAGUCGUAUAACAGCUUGAAGGCGGCCGUUGCAAAGCUACGAGUGAUCGGUGAGAAGAAAUCGGCUCUUUUCGGGGUUGCUUUGAACCAAAUGGGGCUCGCGUGUGUUCAAAUUAACUCGAUAAAUGAGGCUGCGGAUCUUUUCGAAGAAGCACGAGGUAUUCUCGAGACCGAGUACGGUCCUCAUCAUCCCGACACCCUCGGGGUUUAUAGCAAUCUAGCGGGUACUUAUGACGCCAUGGGCAGGUGGAACGAUGCGAUCGAGAUAUUAGAAUACGUUGUCGGUAUGAGAGAGGAGAAGCUCGGGACCGCGAACCCGGAUGUAGAGGACGAGAAGCGGCGGCUAGCGGAGCUGCUCGAAGACGUGGGCCGGAACCGAAACAAGAAAUCACUAUCACUUGAAUAUCUACUUGACGCCUAAUUGAUAUCGUUUUCAAAAUGUAUGUUGGAUAGUCCGUCGUUACAUUUAGGGUUGGGGUUUCAUUUUCUAUUGUUGUUGUUACACCAAAUUAUGUUGUUAGGAUGCUUUUGCUUCAGAUUUUGUGUUAAAUAAAUAAAUAAAUAUUAAUGGGGAUUUGUUACUUGCAUUUA